GGAGCGGCAUGGGCAACUCGUCCGAGAUGCUGGUGCGUUUUGGACGGCGCUGUGGACGAGUGAAGGAAAGCACAGGAAUGAGAAACUUUGAAGAAGAUCGAAUUCCCUAUCCACCUCUUCUACCUAGCAAAGUAGAUCUCCGACAGGUAACCAUAAUUCCACAUGAUGAGUGGAGAAGGAUUCAAGAUAGCCUUGACAGUUUGACAAGAGAAGCAGCGUCUCUUCGUGCAGAAAGGAAGGCAAAGAAAGAAAUGCACUUGCGAUCCCAAGAAGUAGUAAAACACUGGACUAAUACAUAUGCAGGAAUGAAAGAACAGAAACUUGAAGCCAAAAAAAAGCGUGAUGAAGAAAUUGAAGCAGAAAGACAAAUUCUUGAUGUGGAAGAAGAAAUACACAAACAAGGAGAAAGAAAAAAGGCCAUUGAACAUGCAAAGCAAUUUCAAUUUUACCAGACAGAAAGAGUGAAAAAUUUUCAUUCAGGACUUCUUCUUAGUAGAGUUAUGAAAGAACGUGAUGCUCAGAUUGAAUUCCAAAAGUGUAAGAUAAAAUCAGAUAAAAAAUGGGAGGAACAAAUGAAGCGUGACAUUGAGAAAGCUUUUAAAGAAGAGCAAGAGAAAGCAGAAAAACAACGGACAGAAAGGGUGGCUCUUGCUAAUGAUCAUCUAAAACAAAUUAAGGAACAUGAAGAAGAGGAAGAAAGAAGGAGAAAAUGUGAAGAAAAAGAUGCUGAGGAAAUAAAGCGACAAAAUUUAUUAUAUGAAAUAGAAACGAAGAAAAAAUUAAAGAAGAAAAAAGAAGAGGUACAUGAAAGCAGGAGACUGUUUUUUGAACAUCUGCAUGAUAAAAAUAUAAUCAAAGCUGUAGAACAGCAGCAGCGAGAGGAGGAAGAUGAAAAGAUUAGAAGAUUUAUCAAAGCAAAAAAGCGUCUCACACAAAUGGGUAAAGAAAAAGAAGCUGAAACACACAGGUUAAUGGAAGAACGGAGAGAAAGAAUAAAUAAUUUCUUGAGUGAACUAAUAAAAGAGAAACUGGACAAUGAAGAUUUGAUGAUUGCUAGAGAUAUUGCCGAAACCGAGGCUGAAUGGGAAAAAAGAGAAAAAGAAAAAUAUGAAAAAAAGCAAGCAGAACUGAAUGCUAUUGCAGAAUAUAGAGACAGUGUGAUAAAAAAUAAAGAGGAAGAAGAAAAACAAAGAAAAAUAGAGUCUAAAGAACAACUGCUGGCUGUCCUGAAAGCAGAUCAGAUUUUCCAGGAGCAUGAAAAGGAGAAAAAAAACAGAGCCGAUAGAGAGCGCCGAGAACUUCAAGAUGCACACAUUCAGCAAAUGGCUAAAAAUAAAUUAAAGGCAAAGCAAGCAAAACAAGCAGAAUUAGAUUACUGCAGACUUACUGAAGCUCUUGCUGCCGAAAAGGAGAAAGAAUUUCAGGAUUAUGCCAGAGAAGUAAUUGGGUUUGAGUCUGAGUCAGCAAAUAAAUAUAUAUAUCCUCUGGUAAAAGCUGCACAGGAAGGACCUGGAGGUGGCCACGGACCAGUGCUUGUGGACAGAGGUGGAUUAAGACCCAGCUAUCAGGCCCACGAUACUACUGGAGUCCAGCUCCCUUUUUAUAACUCUCAGGGAUCAAAGUAUAAUAAUUUUCAAAAGUCAAAGGGAAGGCUAGGUUUUACAUGGUAG